GGGUUAUACGCAAAAGUCAAGCAAAAGUUAUCGUUUGUGUUGUGUUGUUGUAACAAUGUUUGGCGCUAUUAAAAUAUUUGUGAAAUAAAUUGUGAAGUUUCUACAUUUACAAACUUAUUUUUUUAGCUGUAAAGAUGCCUGCGUUUCUAAAAUAUAUAGAUAUGGAAAACUUCAAGUCCUAUAGGGGUCAUCACCGAAUAGGGCCUCUGAAGUCUUUCACCGCCGUCGUAGGCCCCAAUGGUUCAGGAAAAUCUAAUUUCAUGGAUGCUGUAAGUUUUGUGAUGGGUGAGAAAACCUCACUGCUCCGAGUGAAACGCCUCAGUGAUUUGAUUCAUGGAGCGUCAAUAAAUAAACCUGUAUCCCGAAGUGCAUCAGUGACAGCCACAUUUAUAUUAGAAGACAUGACAGAGAAGCAAUUCCAAAGGUCUGUCAUCGGCCAAUCUUCGGAUCACAAGAUAGAUGGACAGUCCGUAUCAGUGAGCAACUACCUCGCAGAGCUUGAGAAAUUGGGUAUCAAUGUCAAGGCGAAGAAUUUCCUCGUAUUCCAAGGAGCUGUCGAGAGCAUCGCCAUGAAGAACCCUAAGGAGAGGACUGCUUUGUUCGAAGAGAUUAGUGGAUCUGGAGUCCUGAAGGAGCAGUACGAAGCGUGCCGCGCGGAGGUGAACAGGGCAGACGAGGAGGCUCAGUUCUCGUACCAGAAGAAGAAGGGGGUGGCCGCCGAGCGCAAGGAGGCCAAGUUCGAGAAGGACGAGGCCGAGAAGUACACCCGCCUCAAGGAGGAGCUGGUGGAACAAAAGGUCGAACUACAGCUGUUCCACCUCUACCACAAUGAGAAGGAGAUCCAGAACCUGGAGGAGGACCAACAUCACAAGCAGUCUGAACUGGCCAAGGUGGAGAAGAAGCGGCAGAAAGCAGACGACGCUCUGAAAGAGAAGAAGAAAGAAUCAGGAACGAUCCAGCGGGAGCUGGCUAAGAUCGAGCAGGAGAUUCGUGAAGUGGAAGCGGAGAUAUCGAAAAAGCGUCCCACCUUCAUCAAAGCAAAAGAACGAGUGACCCACUCCCAGAAGAAGCUGGAGAGCGCCGUGAAGACGCUGGAGCAGGCGCGGAAGGCGCACGAGGCGCACCAGGCCGACAUCAAGAAGCUGGAGGACGAGCUCAAGCUGGUCGAGGAGCAGAAGGCCGAGUGGGAGGCCUCGGUGGGCACCGGCCACACGGGCAGGGCCGAUGUGCAUCUUGAGGAGGCACAGAUCCGAGAGUACGAGGAGCUGAAGAUGGAGGCGUCGCGACAGGCGGCGCGCUACCUGCAGGAGCUGGACUCCGUCAACCGCGAACAGAAGGCCGACCAGGACCGCCUCGACAACGAGCUGCGACGCAAGGCUGAGCUCGAGAACAAGCACCGUCAGAAGGGCCACGAAAGGAACGAGGCCAUGAAGCGAGUGGAGAAGCUGAAUGAGCACAUCAAGAGCUCAGAACAAGCGCUCGAGGAACAGAGGAGGUUGCGGGCUGAGCUGCAGGCAGACGUGGGCGAGUGCCGCGGACGCGCGGCCGAGCUGCAGGCGCAGCUGGAGGAGGUGGCGUCCCAGCUUGGCGACGCGCGCGUCGACAAGCACGAGGAGGCGCGUCGCCGCAAGAAGCAGGAGAUCGUCGAGAGCUUCAAGCGCGAUAUACCUGGCGUGUACGACCGCAUGAUCAACAUGUGCCAGCCGACGCACAAGCGGUACAACGUGGCCAUCACGAAGGUGCUGGGCAAGUACAUGGAGGCCAUCGUCGUCGACACGGAGAAGACUGCCCGCCGCUGUAUACAGGUGCUGAAAGAGCGCAUGUUGGAACCUGAGACGUUCCUACCCCUGGACUACAUCCAGGCCAAACCACUGAGGGAGCGGCUCAGGGACAUCCGUGAGCCGAAAAACGUGAAGCUCCUCUUCGACGUUCUCCGCUUCGAGCCCGCCGCCAUCCACCGCGCGGUGCUGUUCGUCACCAACAACGCGCUGGUCUGCGAGACGCCGGAGGACGCCUCGCGCGUCGCCUACGACCUCGACCGCACCAAGAACAGCCGCUACGACGCGCUGGCGCUGGACGGCACAUUCUACCAGAAGUCGGGCAUCAUCUCGGGCGGGUCGCUGGACCUCGCGCGCAAGGCCAAGCGCUGGGACGAGAAGCAUCUGUCUCAACUCAAGGCCAAGAAGGAGAAACUGACAGAAGAGCUGCGCGAGUCCAUGAAGAAGUCGCGCAAGGAGUCGGAGCUGACGACCGUGGACUCGCAGAUCCGCGGCCUGGAGUCGCGGCUCAAGUACGCCGUCUCCGACCGGGACUCCACGUUGAAGCAAAUAAAGGCACUGGACGCGGAACUUGCGGAGCUGGAGCGCAAAAUGGACAUGUUCGGGCCUCAAAUCGAAGAGAUCGAGCGCACGAUCCGGCUGCGCGACGCGCGCAUCCAGGAGGUGAAGGAGAACAUGAACAAUGUGGAGGAUGUUGUGUUCCGCGGCUUCUGUCGGGACAUCGGCGUCGCCAACAUCCGACAAUACGAGGAGCGCGAGCUGCGCGCGCAGCAGGAGCGCGCCAAGCGCCGCAUGGAGUUCGAGGCGCAGAUCGACCGCAUCGCCUCCAACCUCGAGUUCGAGCGCUCCAAGGACACGCAGAAGAACGUGACGCGUUGGGAGCGCACGGUGCAGGAUGUGGAGGACGAGCUGGAGGCGGCGCGGCAAGCUGAGGCCAAGCUGCGCGUCGACAUCGACCGCGACCUCCGCCGCGGCGACUCUCUCAAGGCCGACCGCGCCGCCGCCAAGGGCAGGCUGGACCACGGCGAGGAGGACGUCAAUAAGGCGCGCAAAGAGCUGGCCAGCGUCCAGAAGGACAUCCAAUCGGUGCAGAAGCAGAUAUCCAGUAUCGAGGCCAAGAUCGAGAGCAAGCGCAGCGAGCGACACAACAUCCUGCGCCAGUGCAAGAUCGACGACAUCAACAUCCCGCUGCUGUCGGGCUCCCUGGGCGAGGAGGAGUCGGAGUCAGCGUCCGCCUCGCUGUCCUCCUCAGCGCUGGCAGCGCGCGCGGCGCGCGUGGCCGUGGACUACUCCGCGCUGGCCGACAGCCUCCGGGACCUGGACGACCACGACGAGAUCAAGCGCAAGGCCGACAAGCUGCAGAAGGCCAUCAACACGCUGCAAGCCACCGUCGAUAAGAUUCAAGCGCCCAAUAUGAGAGCGAUGCAGAAGCUGAACGAAGUGCGGGAGAAGGUGAGCGCCACCAACGAGGCCUUCGUGGCUGCGCGCAAGCGCGCGCAUCGCGCCAAGCUCGCCUUCGAGAGGGUAAAAAAGGAGCGUCACGAUAAAUUCAUCGAUUGUUUCGACCACGUGGCGAAUGAGAUCGACGCUAUUUACAAGGCGCUAGCGAUGAACCAGUCGGCGCAGGCGUUCCUGGGCCCCGAGAACCCGGAGGAGCCCUAUCUCGACGGCAUCAACUACAACUGCGUGGCCCCGGGCAAGAGGUUCCAGCCCAUGUCCAACCUCUCCGGCGGGGAGAAGACUGUCGCCGCCCUGGCGUUGUUGUUCGCCAUUCACAGCUACCAGCCGGCGCCCUUCUUCCUGCUGGACGAGAUCGACGCGGCGCUGGACAACACCAACAUCGGCAAGGUGGCCUCCUACAUCCGCAGCAAGAAGGGCUCGCUGCAGACCAUCGUCAUCUCGCUCAAGGAGGAGUUCUACGGCUGCGCGGACGCGCUCAUCGGGAUCUGCUCCGAGCCGGCGGAUUGCCUCGUGAGUGACGUCAUCACGCUCAGCCUCGAGAAUUAUAACGACUAGUGUAAAUUAUUAUUAUCGUGACUUGGAAUAAUUUUAUAUGACAUUUUUACUAACGCAUCGGCCCUUCGCCGCAUGUUUUGAUUCCCUUACUAUUAAGUUUAUGACGUCAUUACACUUAUUUUUAAGGAUAA